AUGUCGAGAGACGAAAAAAAUUCUAAUGACAUUUCUCAUGUUUUUACCGAGACCCUGGGCGAAACUGGCGAAAUCAAGCCUUACUUAUUUUUAAAAACAUUGUCCGAGAAGUUGGAUUCUCUUGGGGUCGAAGUCAAUGGUAUCGAGAGAGUGUCCCCAUACAGACGGUCAGCCAACAAAUUCAAACAAUUUGUCACGGUGAUUGGGCUCUGGGUUUCAGGCUGUGCUGGCUUGACAUCCAUGUCCUCUUUUUACUUGGGGCCAAUGUUAUUUGGGCUUGGUUUGAGGAAAACGUUGAUUGCCGGCUUAUUAGGGCAGUUCGUCGGGUGUUUGAUAGCCGCAUACUGUUCUUUGAUGGGCCCGCGCUCUGGGUGCAGACAAAUGGUGACUGCCCGGUUUCUAUUCGGCUGGUGGAUGGUCAAGUUUGUGGCGUUCAUCGGCAUAGUUGGCGGAAUCGGCUGGUCCGUUGUGAAUUGCAUUGUUGGCGGACAGGUGCUCAGUUCCGUCAGUGACGGCCGUGUUCCCUUGGUUGCCUCCAUAGUCAUUAUCGCGGUGCUUACCCUCUGUAUCACAAUCGGUGGGAUUCGGCUUUUGCUCAGAGCUGAAACGUUCCUUUCCAUCCCGAUUGUGGCGGCCUCUUUGAUGUUGUACAUUGUCUCGGCUAGCAAAUACCAAUACUUGACAUGGGAGGACUCCCCAGACGUGGAUGCCGCCACCAUAAGAGGGAACACCGCAUCUUUCUUUUCCUUGUGCUACUCCAUCACCGCAACGUGGGGUGCAAAUGCUUCCGACUAUUACACUUUGUUCCCACAAGAUACGCCCAAUGUUCAGAUUUUCACCUUGACGUUUCUCGGAACACUUCUUCCCACCACUUUCGUUGCGGUCAUUGCCAUUUUGACAGGAAACAUUGCUAUGACGUACGAGCCUUGGAUGGAGGCGUACGAGAACUUGAGUAUGGGCGGUCUUUUGGGCGCGGCUUUCGAACCUUGGGGAGGCGGCGGGAAGUUUUUGUUGGUGUUGAUGUAUCUUUCUUUAGUGUGCAACACCGUCAUGACCACGUAUUCGACGGUGUUCCAGUUGCAAAUCAUAGCCAUCCCGCUCGCACGAGUGCCCAGGUGGCUUUGGUCGUGCCUCAUCACAGUGGUGUACCUUAUUCUUGCCAUUUUCGGCCGGUACAAGUUUGCUUCCAUCUUGGGUAACUUCUUGCCCAUGAUAGGGUACUGGAUUUCCAUUUACGUCUGCUUGCUUUUGGAGGAAAACACGAUAUUCCGGACCAGAUGGUGCAGACACUUGUACCGAGAGGAAUUCAAGGACCUCGACUCAGACACGUCUUCGUUUUCGGGCGUCGAGCAUUGCAAUUACAACUUUCUCAUCUGGAAUACCCAGAAGAAGCUCACGCAAGGCUAUGCCGCCACGUUUGCAUUUGCUUGCGGAGCGGCCGGAGCUGCGGUGGGAAUGUCUCAGACUUACUGGAUUGGUCCAUUGGCCAGAAAGGUAGGCGGCGACUAUGGUGGUGAUGUUGCCAUGUGGCUUUGUAUGGGAUUCAGCGGUGUUGUCUAUCCCUGGCUUCGGUACCUUGAGUUGAAGAGGUUCGGCCGAUAG